AAAUUGUUUUAAUGCAAAAAUUAAUAGUUUACAAUCAAAAGCAAUGAGUAAAAAUCUAUGCCUAGCAAUGGAGUUUCGAUUCAUUUUUCCAAAGGAUUUUCUAAUUGUUUGCGUUCUCUUACUGUUUCUUUUGCAAACUUAGCAACAUUUGUUGUUUGUUUAUUUUGUUUACUUAUCCUCAUCAAAGAGUCAAUUUUAUGAUCUGAUAAGUGUUCAUCAAUGUGAGUUUUUCCCCUUAUCCAUCGAAUAGCGUUGUAAGUGAAUACUUUUUUGUUUAAUUUUAUUGAUAUCUUCAUUCAGUGGAAAUGUCAUCAAUCAAACGAACGCCAUAGUGAGAGCCCUAGCAGUUUUUGCCAAGCUGUGCGGAAGUAGUGGCACUUCUCAUAGUUCAGGCACAGAAUAGAAAUAGGUUCAGGGUCCUUGUUGUAUUCACUACUUAAGGGUCUUAACCUGGAGAAUUUCUCUCAGAAUGGCGACCGUUCAGCUUGUGCCACUAUCUGACAGUGAAAUUGAGCGGUUGAAGGAGGCUUACCCUACUCCAUUCGUUAAACAUGGACGGAGGUACAUUAAAGCAAUGCCUGGAAACUGCAUUUUGCCAAAGGCCUAUGAGAAAUUCAAGGAUCGAUAUAAGAAUUGGGAAGUGCGCCCGGAAGAUGUUUACGUUUUUGGCUUUCUCAAAAGUGGCACAACCUGGGUACAAGAGCUCGUCUGGUGCCUACAGAACAACUGUGACAUAGACAAAGCCAAAUCCAUUUCAUCGCUGGAAAGAACCCCAUUUUUAGAAGUACCAGUUGUUGUUGACUUUUUAGACGAGGCUCGUUCCCGCUUUGAAGGUCUCCUCGAAACGGUAGCGACCAUGGAUUCACCAAGAGUCUUGAAAUCUCACCUUCCAUUUUGCCAUUUUCCCGACGACUUACUUGACAAAAGCAGGGUUGUGAUGUGUUUGAGAAACCCAAAAGACACUGUCGUCUCAUUUUUCCACUUUGAAAAGUUAUUUAACGUUUAUGAUUACAACGGUGAUUUUGCAACCUUCUUUGAUCUAUUCAUGGAUGGUCUGUUGCUUUACACGUCAUAUUUUGAACACACCCAACAGUUAUGGAAGCAAAGAAACCAUCCAAAUGUUUGCAUAUUAUUCUAUGAAGAACUAAAAGCUGAUUUGGCUGGCAAUAUCAGGAAGUUGGCAAAAUUUUUAGGGAAGGAAAUCACAGAAGAGCAAGUUGGGAUUUUGGUUGAUCACUUGAGCUUUAAAAAAAUGAAACAAAAUAAGUCUGUGAAUUUAGAAGGACUCCAAGAUGGAAAGAUAUUGAAGAAAGAAGGGAGCUUUAUUCGGAAAGGGGAGGUAGGAGAUUGGAAGAAUUACUUCACUGAAGAGAUGAACAAGCGAAUGGAUGAAGCAAUUGAAAAGUAUUUGAAGCCUGUUGGACUUGCAUUUCGCUAUGAGUAAGAGUGGGAGAGUUAGAAAUUCAGAGGUAUUAGAAAUGGACUGACUUAUAUGAAAUAUCGAUUUUUAUGUAAGCACUGCUAAGGGGAUAAAUGAAAAUAUUCACAAUAAUUGUUUUUUUAUUGGAACUGUCUAAUUAUCGAUAGGUACAGAGAGAAAUGUACCCAGCCUGAAGCGUUGUUAUUAUUGACUUUUUGUUUUUUUUCAUUAGGUAACGGGUUUGAUAAACAUGUUUGAUUUUUUUUAAAGCGUUUCAAACGUUUUGGGAUCGUCAGCAUUCUCUUGUUAGUUCAUAAGUAAAUUCAGGUACAGGCGGAGGGAUAUUGUUGCCCAGUGUUUCACAGGUAGACUGCAGAUUUCUUGCUUGGUAUUUUCUUGGUCUUUUAAUACUAUAUUAUCACUCGUCAUACCUUAGGCAUUUCUAAAUAUUUUUUAGUAUUUGAUUUAUCAAAAUUAAGUUGGGAGACUGUCACUUGCAUUUGUUGGCCACACCCUCAACUCAGUUAUCAGCUUUGUGGAAGUAACCGCAAAUCCAGCAGCCAAAAUGCCUGAUCCUUAGCGUUUUCGCCAAGCAAGCCUACAGUAGAACGCAGUAGGAGCUAGCACCAGGGACGCCGGAACGUCCAAGGGGCAAGGAGGGGGGCAGGCUUGAGUAAAAAUGCAUUUAAAAGAUAAUUCCUAACCUCUUUUAAUUCUUUCUAAUAACUGCCAUUUUAUUUCGGGUGUCUGUAGGUAUCUUGAAAAUUGGCUUAUUUGUGGCGUAAGGAAUUAUCUUACAAGUUUUGAGAAUUGUCGUCACGAAUUAAGAACUACAAUCAGAAGUUUAUAUGAAUUUUUCUGAUUAUUACAACUGGCCAGUUUCAGGGGCACUUUAAUGAAAAGGCCACUCUUGCCCCUCUUGCUUCUCUUUUCAACAGGCAACAGGGGGGUUGACCCCCCGCGCCCCCUUCUCCGGCAUCUCUGGAUUGCGCUACUAUCAUUAUAAAUAUUAAUUGUCAUAAAAC